AUUACCAUUCUAUCAUGCUUCCCUGCUCGAGUGACUCCACCUUCAACACAGGGACGACUAUCAAUUACCUCCAUGGAAGAAAUAUCGCAAUUACAGACACCUCCCAUAGAAUACGUACCUCUUUACCAAGCAGCAUUAAAAGGUGAUUGGGCUACUGCAAUGGUGUUUCUGCAACGCAAUCCCGGUGCAGUUAGAGCUCCAAUUACAGAUGCACAAGAAACGGCACUUUACAUUGCAGCAGGAGCAAGACAAGUUAAGUUUGUGGAAGAGUUGGUGAAAUUGAUGCAGCCACAUGAUCUCGCAUUGAAAAACAUACAUGAUAAUACAGCCCUGUAUUUUGCGGCUGCAUCAGGAAUCACUCAAAUUGCAAAGGUUAUGGUAACAAAGAAUCCAACUUUACCGGCGAUCCGAGGUAGUAACGGAAGGACACCAUUGUAUAUGUCUGCUUUAUUAGGCCAUCGAGACAUGGUUUGGUAUCUUUACUCUGCAACAGGGGAUACAGUUCUUACAGAGGAUGACAGGAUUUCUCUGCUUAUGACAACCAUUACUACAGAUUUGUUUGAUGUAGCAUUAUACCUCCUAAAGAAGUACCCUUUGUUAGCAAUUGCUCGAGAUGAAAAUGGGGAGACUGCUCUGCAUGCGUUGGCUCGGAAGCCCUCUGCUUUUGCAAGUGGAUGUCAUUUUGGCGUUUGGCAAAGCUUUAUCUACUCAUGUGAACAUGUUGAAUUUUCUAACAUCACAAGAGAUAAGAAGGACCAACAUGUUGCUCCAGUUCAGAGCUUGAAUAGAUGGCUUUGGAAAACCUUGAAGUCAAUAGUUCCAAAUGUCAUGCUGGUUCAUGAUACAAAGGUGAUGAACAUUCAAGCCCUAGAAAUGGUGAAGUUCAUUUGGAAUGAGAUCUUAUCAUUGAAGGGUUGGGAGAUAUCAUCCAUUCUUAGAGAGCCUUCAAGACCACUAUUCACUGCUGCAGAAUUGGGUAUUAUUGAAUACAUAAUUGUGCUUAUUCAAUCUUAUCCUGAUCUAAUUUGGAAAGUCGACAAUGAGCACAGAAGCAUAUUUCAUACAGCAGUUGCAUACCGUCAAGAAAAAAUUUUCAACCUCAUCUAUGAUAUUGGUGCACUCAAGGAUUUAAUAACAUCUUAUGUUGAUUCUAAUAAUAAUAAUAUGCUACAUUUGGCUGCAAAGCUAGCUCCUUCAUCUAGACUCAAUACAAUCUCAGGUGCCGCCCUUCAAAUGCAAAGAGAGUAUCAAUGGUUCAAGGAAGUGGAAAAAAUUGUCCAACCUCUUUACACAGAAAUGAAAAACUCAGACGGGAGAACACCAGCUAUGAUGUUCAGAGAGGAGCAUGCAAAUCUGGUUAAAGAAGGGGAGAAGUGGAUGAAGGAUACAGCAUCAUCUUGCAUGGUUGUAGCCACACUCAUCGCAACAGUGGUGUUUGCUGCUGCCUUUACUGUACCAGGUGGAGAUAAUAACAACAAUGGCAUUCCUAUUUUUAUAAAGGCCAAAUCAUUCAUGGUUUUUGCCAUAUCAGAUGCAUUGGCACUUUUCUCUUCGGCCACUUCAGUUCUGAUGUUUCUAUCUAUUCUUACAUCACGCUAUGCUGAAGAAGAUUUUGCCAAAUCCUUACCAAAACGAAUGAUAAUCGGGCUUGCAACACUCUUCGUUUCUAUAGCAACCAUGAUGAUAGCCUUUAGUGCAACACUUUCUAUUGUUCUUGACAGUAGGAUGGCAUGGGUUGCAAUACCAAUUUCUGUAUUUGCUUUAGUCCCUGUUACGUUGUUCGCUUUGCUACAGUUUCCCCUUUUCAUUGAUAUGAUUCGAUCCACAUAUGGGUUUGGUGUCUUUAAACGAUUGACCAAACCCAUGCUUUAUUAGCUCAUU